GUGCUGAAACGCUUCACGAGGUCUCAUCUACCCAUCACUACUGAAACCUAAAACUUAGCACACUAAGGCUGGAAACACUGGCCCAGGGAGCCACUGGGGGAAGGCAAGAGGAGACAGGGACUAUGUAGACACAAACGAGGGGUAAUUAGGGGAAGUGGAGACCGCUGGGAGAACAAGACAGUCUGCAGGAAACUAAAAGAAGUCGGAGCGGUAAAUACGUGUCCAGUUCACCAUUUCAGCACGCAGCCCUCCAGACCGUACACUACGGCGUGACAUAGCUACAGAUUUUCUGCAUCCGUUUGUGCGGGGUGCACAGUCGGCCAGCCUGUAACCUGAGUAGUGAAGCGAGCACUCACAUAUCAAAGAAUAUGGUGGACUCCACGUUGGAUCAAGUGGGAAAAAAUCUGAGUGAAGCCAUGAGGUUCCUGGGAGAGGAACAGAGAGAGCCGGAGGCAGCAACAGAGAGACAGCAUUUCAGCAGAAGCUGCAUCCCUGGACCCCUUCAGGGAGAUGGUCAGGAUGUUGCCACUAUACUGCGCCUGGUUCAUAACCUAAUUCAUGAAGAGGAGGACGAAGAAGAUAAACCCAGUCAGAACAGGAUGCAGAAUGUGGGUGAGCACGGUCAGAUGGCGUUGCUGGGUCACAGCCUGGCAGCCUACAUCUCAAUGAUGGACAAAGAGCAACUGCGAAAGCUAACCACUCGGAUCCAGUCUGACACCACCCUGUGGCUCUGCAGGCUCUUCAGGUAUGAGAAUGGGUCUACCUGCUUUCAUGAGGAUGACAGGGAUGGCCUUGUAAAAGUGUGUCGGCUGGUUAUCAAUGCUCGCUAUGAAGAAUAUGCCACUGAGGGUUAUGUGGUCCUAAACACCAGGCAGCCAGUCAUCUAUCAAGGUGCCUCCUGCAGGUCUGGGCUCGGACAGCAUCUGUGCAGCCAGCUUGGCCUGCCUCUCUCCAGUUUGUGCACAGUGCCAUGCAACACCCUCUUUGGAUCCCAACACCAAAUGGAUGUUGCCCUGUUGGAAAAACUCAUCAAAGAGGACAUAAAUGCAGGGAAGCUUCCUUUGUUGCUGAUUGCCAAUGCAGGUACCCCUGGAGCAGGCCACACAGACAAGUUAGGUCGACUGAAGGAACUGUGUGAUCAGUACAACUUGUGGCUUCAUGUCGAGGGGGUUAAUCUGGCGACCCUAGCACUGGGUCAGGUCACCUCUUCUAUCAUGGCAGCCACCAGAAGUGACAGUAUGACACUGACACCAGGUCCAUGGCUAGGACUGCCGGCAGUGACUGCUGUCACCCUCUACAGACAUGAAGACCCUGCACUGUCUCUGGCAGCAGGUUUAACUUCCAGCCACCCUGUGGAGAAGCUACGGGCACUGCCUCUCUGGCUUUCCCUACAGUACCUUGGUCACAAUGGAAUUGUUCAGAAGAUAAAACACGCUACUACUCUGAGCCAGCAGUUCCUUCAGAAACUACAAUCUCUGAGCUGUAUCAAAACAUUGGUUGAGGAUGAAUCAGACUCUCCUGUGGUGCUAUUCAAAUUUAACCAAGAAGGAAGUACUGCAUCCAGUGGGAGUUUCUGUGCUGGAGAAAAAGAGGUCUGUGAUGCCUUCAACAGAUGGCUGGGUGAAGAGCUGGCUGAACUUGUUCCUACCAGUGGAAUAGAUGUGGUGGAGCUUGAAGACGAGGGCACCUGCAUACGCUUCAGCCCCCUCCUGACAGCUGCAGUUCUGGGGACCCGGGAAGAGGAUGUUGAGUCCAUUGUGGCCAAAAUGACAGAGCUGAUAUUUGUAAUGAGCUCCACAAUGUCCCUCAGAGAAGACUUCAGAGAGGAAACACACAAACGUUCACCCUCACUCAGAUACAUAAACGAGCUCGCCUGGCCUGGACUGGGAGUUGUCCGGUAUGAGAUGCAGGCUAAUAGAAUGGAUGAGGACAGGAAGAAGCAGGAGCAGGAGAAAAUUAACACUGAGCUACUCAAGAAACUGCAAGACCUUGACACUGACAUCCUGUUUUCCACUGGCCCUGAGUUUGCAACAGAGCAGGGCUGCAUUUUUGUGGGAAUGGUGGCAGAUGAUGUUGAUGUUUCAGACCUGGUGGAUACAAUAGCUGCCCUGGGGAGGGACAUAGAGGAGAGUGGGAAGUUGCUGCAGAACAUGACAGAGGUGGUGAGGAAAGGCAUCCUGGAGGCAGAGCUGCAGCUGCAAAAGGCUAACGAGGAGAAACUCAUGGAGGAGGGAAUGCUGAGACAGCUCCCUGUGGUUGGCUCUGUGUUAAACUGGUUCUCUCCAAUCCAAAGCUCCAUAAAGGGACGGACAUUCAGUCUUGCAGCAGGUUCUCUGGAUUCCACAGAAGCGACUUACUCCACCAAAGCCCAAGCUGACAGGCCAUCCCUGCAGGACACUCCCAUUUCUUCAUCAAAGAAACUGCCAGGUCAGAAGUUAUUUCGACGUGCAGGCGCGAGCACAGAUUCCACUGAAACCAGCUCCACACAGGCUGAGGCAACAUUCCAGGAGGAAAAUCCUACUGGGAUCGGCAGCAGCAUCAACCCUCCGAUCUCUCCACCUACACCAGAGACACCACAUCACACCUCAGGCGAUUUGGUGUCAGAGAAAAACCUGAAGUCGCCUUCUGAGAUCGAUGACUCGGAAGACUCAGAUGAUAUGCACCCUGAAGGCCAAGAGGCAGAAGGGAGCACAAGAUAGGACUGUUUCUGCAGGUUUUCUAACCAUCUUAGAGCAACCAGUCUAAAAGAUGCUUUAAAAAAAGUUACUGUGUAAAAUGUAAAUAAAAAGAGAAUGCAAUGAUUUGAAAAUCUCAAACUCAGAACACAGAAAACAUGUCAAAUGUUUGAACUGAUAAUAUAUAAGAAAAAUGCUAGCUCAUUUUAAAUUUAAUGGCAGCAACAUGUCUCAAAAGUUGGGAUAGGGCAACAAAAGUCUGGAAAAGUGACACAAAGCUGAAAUAAACAUGGACAGAGGUUCACCAAUCUGCAAAAAACAGCUUUAUUCUAAAAUUAUGGAGCAAUUUGAGAAUAUCUUUGUGGACAAACAUAAAUAUUGGAUCUUUGAGUUGACACUGCGUUAAAAGCUUAUAUCCCUAGUGUGGGUUAGUGCCUACUGGACUGGAAGCUUGCACAUCUGGAGCAGCAGUGCCUCCAGUGCAUUCAGACCUCUUUUUCAGGGAAGCCUUUCACAUUUCAGAAACACGAUACUUUCUGCAGCUAUUAAAACAGAAUAUCUUUAUAGUUUAAGAGUCGAACACUGAAUUGGCUUGCUAGCAUUCCAGUUCAGAACAAACAGAAACAAACAGAAAAUACAGCAAAGACAACCCCAGGACUGUUGAGCAGAUUCUCUUCUUUCAGACAAGAAUAGGGCAGCACUCGUCUUCCAAAGGUCAAGCCUCCUCGUUUCCCAGACAUAUACAGAUUGUUAAAAGAAGCUGGGAUGCUACUCAGUGUGAACCUGUGCCAACUUUCAAGUUAUGUUGCUGUCAUCAAAUUCAAAAUGACUGUUGAAUGUUUUCCAUCAGAUGUAGGUGCAUUGAAUUAUGAUCAGUUGAGGCAGUCAUCAGUGCUGCCUGUCAGUUGAUUAUAACGUUUUAGUGUAGACUUUUCUUUCAAACGGGGGAUGGGCUGGAGUUUCUGUCUGCUGAUUCAUCUGGUGUUGGAUUACAGAGCAGAGGAGCAGCCUUAUUAUAGAUUUCUUUUGAGAUUUUAAAUAAAAUAUUUGUUAGAACUCUGGAAAUCAAGCAGCUUAAAGUUAGUUUUGACCCCCUUACUGUGAAUGGUUGAAGGAAAUGAUAUGCAUGGUAUGCAUACGUAAAAUACCAACUGAUAUGUUGCCUUCAAACAUUCCCUUCAUGUGCGCAUUAACACACAACACUAAGAGUUGGUUUGUAUUUUACAACAAUAAACAAUCUUUUCUAUAGAAACAUUUUCCCUAAACAAAAACUGUGGACAUUAGUCACAGCUGUGUGAAGCAGAAUGUGAUUAUGGGACAUGUGAGAUGUUCCCAUUUUUAUUCACAAAAUGUACUUUUGACUCUUCUCUUACCACAAGGGGUCGCUACAGAGAGAUUUAUGCCAGAUGCCUUAGCUGACUCAGUCUCAAAGGGUAUAUGUGUAUCCAGCUGGAAUUGAACCAGCAAACUUUCACUUGCCAAGCAAAAGUGUAAACACUACACUAGAAAACUACUUUUUACACAAUAAUGCAACCUGAGCAAAAAGUGGGCUUCUGCCACAGAGAAGCUUUGCCUCAGGUAUUCACUGUAUGAGGGAGAAUACUAUUCUCUCCAAAAUAUUAUCCUUAAAAUGUAAGUACUAUAUCAGAGGGACAAACCGGGUUAGGUUGCUUUGCUUUUUCAGUUUCACCGGUUGCCUGUAUCUUAUGUCGUACUCUUACUCACAGGCUACGUGAACAUACUGUAUGCAUUUUCUACUACUCCUUACAAAAUAGAUUGUUUUCCUUGACUCUAAAGUAGCGCAUCAAAUAAUUAUUUAUGAAGAGGUUUUGUGUUUUGUUUUUUUUAUUAUUUUAUUAUUGAAAUUAGGUGACAGGAGUGGAAAUGGUUAUUUUUCCAGCUAUUAUAUUGGGGACACGUUUUUAAAUGAAUUGCACAAAAAUAAUUUGCUAAGGUUUAUGGUAGACUCACUAUUGAUGCUUUAUUGAAACAGAAAUUUAGCAAAUGUCACAACACUAAUCUUCAACCCUACCAAUAUAAAAUGACAUAAAGCACUGGCAAACAUGACGUUGUGGUUUUGCCUCUGCAAGAACAAAAGUCAAAACCCUAAAUUUAGCUGGAUGUUUUCCUAAUUGCUUUGAGCCAGGUGCUGGUGGAAGGUUUACUGUAAAGAGUAAAGAAUGGUUGGAAUGAAGAUUAAAAACUAAUUGCACUUAUACUUUAGAUAAUUAUUGUUCUGCUGCUUUGCAUUUAAAAUUAAGAUAAUUUUAUUGUUUUUCUUUUGGGGUUUUUGUUACAAAUCUAAUACAAAAAUAAGUUAACAACUUUGUAUAUUGAAAAAAGACUUGAAUAACUUGAUGUGAUUACAUCAUCGUCUGGAUGUUUGAUGUAUUUGGAAUGUUUUUCGUUUGUUCUUGUUGGUGUUUUUGAGCACAGAAAUUCUUUCUUUGUAACUUUUGUCACCACAUGUCCAGGGUUCGGGUAAUUUCUGAUUAACUGUCUGAUUUUUAGUCUUUCUUUGUUCAGCUGGGAGUUGAUCAUUAAACGCAGCAGUCAUGUUAAUGA